GUUGAUUUCAUUUGGGCGAUAAGCAGCACAGCAACAGGUCGACAUGUCUGCAGCCGCAGGAGUUACGUGGUGGCAGUGGUUGGUGCAUAUCAACGAUAUAAAACAGCUAUGGGCGGCGCAACCGACGUACCUCAUUUCUCAGGCCGUCUAUAUAUUAGCUGGUUUAAUCACACUUCUCCACGCUUUCAGAAAAGGAGGUAGAUGGCCGUAUUUCUGGUUGGCGACCGUGCUACAUGGUCAAUACGCAGAUAAUUUUUGGCACUUUGUUGUGCCCGAGUAUGAUAAUUUCUGGCAUUCGCAAACACCCAUCAUAUUCCUGGGGGCUCGAACUCCACUUCAUAUAAUAUUGUUGUACCCAGCGUUCAUAUACCACGCUGCGUAUGCCGUAUCGAAAUUGAAUCUACCUAGAUACGCAGAGCCUUUUGCCGUCGGCUUGGUGACCGUCCUCAUCGAUAUACCCUAUGACAUCGUGGCCGUUAAGUUCGUGCAUUGGACCUGGCACGAUACGGACCCAAACAUCUUCGACCGUCACUAUUGGGUGCCAUGGAACUCGUACUACUUCCACGCGACUUUCGCAGCCAGUUUGUUCUUCUUCUUUAAUGUUAGCAGACGAUGGCUUGCACCUAAAGUAGCGCAGUGGGAAUCGGCUGGGAAAUCGGUGGAGUGGAAGUCUCUGGCGGUCGCUACCCUGUUGGGUAUGCCAGGCGGCGUGCUGAUGUUCAUACCAAUCUACCAUCCAUUGCACGAUGUGUUCGGUAUUCAUUCGGAAGUCACAUUUUUCCUCCUCUUCUCUAUAUUUACCGUGAUCAUCUUGCACGGCUUGCUAUCUGAUAGAGAGAAGACUAAAACAAGAUUAAGUACGACCGAUUACAUCCUUAUUCUGCAACUGGUUGUCCAUUAUGCUAUCUACUGGGUGUUCGUAGUUUUCUUCCACCCCGAGAGGGAAUGGUCACUUGGAUUACACGAGCCUGUAGGGCCUUGCAAUGAAGUCGCCACACUCACUACACCGUUUGGUCAAACUCUGCUGAAGCGCAAGUACUUCUGUCCGGAAAAUUACGACGAGGGUUACUUCAACUUCCAUUGCGUUGGCGGACAGAAACCAGCUAACGGCCUCAGCUGGUACGUCGUGUGCGGAACUCCAUUCGCAAACCGAGCUGAGUACAUAACUGUCCUUUCAACAAUCCUGGUAGUGGCGUUUGGAGUGUUUUAUGGACUCUACUUCAAGACGCAACCAGUGCCGUCAAAUAAGAAAAUUAAAACCAAAUAAUAAUAAAAG